AUGAAACCGCGACACCCUUCAUGGGGGUUAUGGCUGAGAUGCCUUGUUUGCUGCGCUCUACUAGCUCCAUCCUGCAUCACGGGCGGUGUGACGGUCAAAGGGCCAGGCAUGUACUGCUUCACAAUUCGGGCCAACGCUACAAACUGCAGGGGUCCGUGCUGCAACGUCGACCUGAAGAAGAUCGAGUUCGACGUCUACGGCAAAUGUGCUGCCAAGUAUGCAUCCAUCAAGGCCCUCGUCAACGGCAAGUUCACCAGCGUCGGCCCCAGCAUUUAUCGGUACACCAUGCCGGACGGCAGCUACAGGUUCAUACUGCGCCUGACAAACUUGAACAUGGGUUUAUCGGACAACAACGCUGAGCUCUGCCUCAACCUCACGGCUGGUGUGAACGGCGCCGGCUGCGAUACUCUGGAAGAGUUCUGUGUGCCGCCGUCAGCCAGCUCUCCUCCAGGGACAUGCCAAGUAGCCCUGUUGAAUAGCCUCAACAGCACCGACACAUGCUGCCCUAUUUCAAACGUGAUUCCCGCCAGACCGCCACCACCGCCGCCUUCUCCACGGCCGCCCUCUCCGCCUCCACCCUCCCCUGCACCGUCACCGCCACCGCCGCCACCGCCCCCUCCCUCUCCGCCGCCGCCACCACCCCCACCCCCACCACCGCCGCCGCCGCUUCCCCCCCCACCGCCACCCCCACCCCCCCCACCGCCGCCGCCGCCCCCCUCCCAGCCACCUCCUCCUCCCCCUCCUCCGCCCCCCCUACCGCCCGCUCCCCCAUCAGAGGUCGUGAAGACCGAAUGUGAGGGCUGCAUACGAAUAACCAUCAGAGAUGCCCCCACUUUCCCGCCCCUCACCAUUGGCCGUAACCUCUGUACUCGUGUCCAAGAAUAUCUCUCCAGUAGCGCCAUGACCAUCUUACAAUCAUUUAACGCAUCCAUUAGACAAGAAUACGCCGUUAAUGCGGAUAAUUGUAUGGCAGAUUCGAUUCGCAUAUGUGGCAAGUUUCAGUAUCACGAAGCCAUUCCCGAUGUGCAAGUUUGCUUGGAGCUCACCAUACCCCUGGACACAUUCUGCCUGGGGGAGCGUGUGUGUUACGUGAGCCUCUUCAACGAGAAGAACAAUUGCUGCCCGACCUAUGCCGCUUCAUUGCCGUACGAGCCGGAUUUCCCGGUGAUCGCACCGCUGUAGGUGUGCGGUAGGUAGGCUUGCGGUGUGUGGUUUUGUUACAGUGGCCUCCAGGAUCCCGAUGAGUAGAGCCAGCUGACCAGCUGGCCGUGCAUUACUACUGCACCUGAGACGAAGUUGCGGUGUUGCGAAGUACCGACGACUAAUGAUGUCGGCACGCAGAUCAGUGUCAGAUUGCUUGGUCACGGUUCCACCUAUCAGAUUCGCCCGUGUCUUCAGUUUGAUCCUGCUUUGUUUGCGGCGAUGGCACCACAGCAGCAAGAGGGGGCGCAUUAGCAGCAUCAUUUUGAACUACGAUACGACUUAACCGUUCAUGAUCCAUGGUGCCUUGGUGGUUUAAGUGUCCUUAUUUGUUAUUCGGUUUCUUGAAUUUUUGCUGCAUAUGGCAUGUGCCAGUAAUC